AGCAACGGCAUAUAAACUCUGUGUUUAGUUCAGGAAGGCAUCCUUCACCCAGAGACUGCUGCUGCUGCUGCUUGGAUUCAUCACAACAAGAUGGCGUCACGUCUGCUCUUCCUGCUGCUCCUCGGAAAUAUGUUUUGUGAAGCUUUCGCUGCACGUCAUCUCAUCAUAUGUGAGCAAUCAACGGUCGAGCUGAAGUGUGCUUUCGGAAUGACCAUCUACGUGGAUUCUGCUGAGUAUGGACGUCAUGACACCGUCACCUGCUCCUUUGGACAUCCUCCAUAUCAGCUCCAAAACACCUUCUGCUCCAGUUUCACUACUAUUGUUGCUGAAAACUGUAACGGGGGUAACAGCUGCAGCAUCACAGCCAGUAACGAUGUUUAUGGAAACCCCUGCCCCGGAACCGUCAAGUACCUGAUCGUGAUCUACGACUGUUACUAAGUAGGAACCAGUUCAACCCUGAAGUUUUGUGACAUAAACAUUUUUGUGCUACAGCAACAGACUUAAUUCAUGGUUUUCAUCUUACGGUUUAGUUCUUGGCCUGAGAUUGAAUCAAGCACCAAGUUUGAGUCUCAGAAGAAACAUCAAUAAAACCACAUGCAUUCA